AUGCUGGCCCUCCUCCUUCUCUGGCUCUUUCGUCCUCACCGCACCGAGAUGACAUCAACAGCCAAGGGACGGUCUAACCCCGAAACAGCACCAUCUCCAGGCCGCGGGACAGAAGGAUGCGACGCUAUUCACGCUAAAACCCCGCACGCCCAUCGUCCAACUUCACCCGCAUCAAGUGAUGACCCCGGUUUACCCCUCAAGCUUGGUUAG